GUUUAGUAUGUUCAGAGCAACAUCGGUUAGCAGUGUGUGAGAGUUUCACUAAAAUGUCUUUGCCUGAACGCCAAGAUGUAGUGUUUAAAAACAUGUUGUGUUAUAAUUGCCUGUAUCCAGGUCAUCAAGUUCGUCAGUGUCGUGGUGGUAACUGCAAUAAAUGUGGAAAACGACACAACACUAAGUUGCAUAGCGAUGCCCCAUUCAACCCUCCUGCCUCAGCGAAUGAACAGUCACCAUCUACACAAAACCAAUCUGUUGUAACGUACGUUGAACAUGGUAACAACAAUUCUACUGCAAUGAAGCAAAUAAUAUUAGCUACUGCACUGAUCAAUUUAACAAAUGCAGCUGGCCACCAAGUUCAAUGUCGUGCCAUCUUAGACUCUGGGUCUCAAGUCUGUCUGAUAACAAAAGAGUGUGCAUCAAGAUUAAACAUUAGUGUUGUUAAAAGCUCACUAUCGAUAGCAGGUAUCGGGUCGGUAACUGCCAAAACAGGCACAAUGAUAAGUACUACAAUGUGUUCAAGACUUAAUGACUUUGAAGCAUUCAUUAACUUCCAUGUAAUUGAUUCGAUUACUAACAGCUUGCCCACUCACCGUAUUGACAUGGAACCACUACAUAUUCCACACACUAUUAGUAGCUGUUUAGCCGACCCUCGUUUCAAUGAACCAGCUUCAAUUGAUAUUCUACUUGGUGCAGAGAUAUUCUAUGAAUUGCUAAUUGGUGAAAGUAUGAAGAUUAGUCCACUUGUAACACUUCACAACACCAGUCUUGGUUGGGUUUUUACUGGAUCAACUCAAAUCAAUAAUGUGCAACCACUAUCAAAAAUCUUUCUUCUACGUCAUAGCAAUCAGUCAGCUAUAGCUCUCAUUGCCCAGUCAUGCUCGAACAACUUAUCAUCUGAGGCAAGGGCUGAAGAUCAUUUUAAAAAUAACGUGUCUCGUGACGAUCGUGGUCGCUUUGUAGUAAGAUUACCAUUUAUUCGAGAUCCAUCAGUUUUAGGUGACUCAAGAUUCAUGGCACAGCAACGUUUCUACAAUCUAGAACGUAAAUUGUUAAAAAACCCUUCACUUGCUUCAGAUUACAAGGAUUUCAUGAAUGAGUAUCUUGAAUUGGGCCACAUGGAGGAGGCUCAAGAUACUGAUUGCCCCACAUAUUAUCUUCCGCAUCAUUCAGUGUUCAAAUCCAACAGUUUAACGACAAAAAUGCGUGUAGUCUUUGAUGGUUCUGCUACAUCUAAAUCCGGGCACAGUCUCAACGACAUUCUACUAUGUGGACCAACUGUGCAGCCUGAUUUAAUUUCCAUAAUUCUGAGAUUUCGAAUCCACAAAAUUGCUCUUACUGCAGACAUAGCCAAAAUGUACAGGCAGAUACGGAUCUCUCCCGAAGAUUGUGAUUUGCAGAGAAUAUGCUAUAGAGAAAGUCCUGCUGAACCAUUGAAAGACUAUAGGCUUCUAACUGUCACUUACGGUACCAGAGCUGCAUCAUUUCUUGCCACUCGUUGUUUACUUGAGCUAAGUUACAAUGUUAAAAAUCAUGCAGUCCAGCGCGUUAUUCAAGAAGAUUUUUAUGUUGACGACUUACUAAGUGGCGGUCAAGACGAAACUGAGUGUUAUGAACUUUUUCAAAAUUUAUCUAAUGAACUUGACAAGGCUGGCCUACCCCUUCGUAAGUGGUGCUCAAACUCAAAGUCAAUUAUGUCGAAAAUGUUAGUUCCGGAACGAGAUCCUACUUAUCUGUUGUCUAUCAAUGAAGAAGAUACUGUUAGCACACUAGGUCUCACUUGGCAACCAAGUAAUGACUGUUUCAAAUUCAUUUUUAAGGAUUUGUCAAGACCUUUUCACAUGACUAAAAGAACACUAUUAUCCAAUAUAAACAGUGUUUAUGAUCCAGUAGGAUUCCUAACACCUGCCCUGAUUCGAGGAAAAAUGUUUAUGCAACAGUUAUGGUCCUCAAAGUUGAACUGGGAUACACCACUGUCCACUGAACUCCAAACCAAGUGGACCAAUUUCUAUCAAGGUCUCAAGUUCUUGGAGCAGUUAUCAAUACCACGUCGCGUUCCAUUUGAUAGUACCACAUCAGUCCAACUGCAUGGUUUCUGCGAUGCAUCACAAAAUGCUUUUGGUGCUUGUAUUUACUUUCGAUCAACUACCACAUCGCAAUGUCAACUAUACUGUUCUAAGUCCAGAGUAGCUCCACUGAAGCCCAGCACAAUUCCACGACUGGAACUUUGCGGAGCCCUUCUUUUAGCAGAACUGGUCAGCAUGGUUAUGAGAGAACUAAAACGUAUCAAGAUUCAUUGUAACCCCAGUAAUGUAAUCUUAUGGUCUGAUUCAUCCAUUGUCAUAUCCUGGAUCAAUAGUGACAAACCACUCAAAUCCUAUGUCUCCAACAGGAUAGCACAAAUUUUGGAUCUAACCCAACCCUCACAAUGGCGUCAUGUACCAACGACCACCAAUCCUGCAGAUGUAAUUUCCCGUGGAUGCUCAGCUGAGUCACUUUUAUCAAAUGAACUUUGGUGGAACGGUCCCAAGUGGUUGAGCCAGACUGAGGACCUGUGGCCGUCUAAUAAUGUCAUCCAUACUGAUUUACCUGAAGUAAGAAUAGUUCGUCCAGUUCUUGUAGUGAGUCAGCCAUCAGAAUGUCAAUUUGAAGAAAGAUAUUCUUCUUGGUCUAGAUUGAACCGAAUUACCGCAUAUAUUCUAAGAUUUUGCCACAAUGCUCGCACUAAGUUGAUCUCGGACCGGUUAUUAAAUUCACUAAGUGUAACUGAAAUAUCCAAUGCCACCACAGUGUUGCUGCGAAAAAUGCAGUCCAUCUCAUUUGCACCAGAAAUUGCCGAGCUUAAGUCCAGUAGGCCUGUUGGACGUCGUAGUGCGUUGCGUACACUGAACCCAUUUAUUGACCAGGAUGGUCUAGUGCGAGUUGGAGGCAGACUCAUCAACGCUGACAUUGCAUACACCAGCAAAUGCCCAAUUGUACUACCAGCAAAAGGUACAAUCACAAGACUUAUCUUUGAAUACGAACACAAGCGUUUAAUUCAUAUUGGCCCUCGAGGAUUACUGGCAAACAUUCACCUUCGUUACUGGCCAAUUCGAGGUCGAGCUAUUGCGAGUCAGACCGUCCGGCGCUGCAUAACUUGUUUUCGUUCCAGUCCAUCCCUGACUGUUCCAUUCAUGGCACCACUUCCACCUGAAAGAGUCAAUGUCGAGCGUCCCUUUGCCAGAACCGGCGUCGAUUUUUGUGGACCAAUCAUGAUCCGAAGUGGCAUACGUAGAGUGGCCAGCAUCAAAUGUUAUGUUGCGGUAUUUGUCUGUUUUGUAACUCGUGCUAUCCACUUAGAGCUUGUUAGCGGACUUACUACUGAAGCCUUCCUAGCAUCUCUCAUGCGUUUCCUGUCUCGUCGUGGCCUUUGUAGUCACAUCUAUAGCGAUAAUGGCACAAACUUCAUAGGAGCCAACAAGGUCUUACAUUCGUAUUUUGCACCAGUCAAGGGACAACGCACAGUUGAAGACUCUCUUUCCGAUUUAAAGAUUCAGUGGCACUUCAUACCCCCCUCCGCUCCUCACUUUGGUGGUCUAUGGGAGGCAGCUGUGAAAUCAGCGAAAAGGCAUUUAUUGAAGGUAAUUUCAAUGGGCCUUCUCACGUACGAGGAAAUGCACACCUUGCUUUGUCGAAUAGAGGCCAUAUUGAAUUCUCGCCCAAUAUCACCGAUGUCCGAUGAUCCAUCCGAUCUUAAUCCUUUAACCCCGGCUCACUUUUUAAUAGGAGGAAGUCUAACGCAACCAGCUGAACCUGACAGUACUGGAAUUCCACUUAAUCGAGUGAAAAGGUGGGAGCUGGUGAAGUUGCAAUCACAAACUUUUUGGAAAAGGUGGAGCACGGAGUAUCUUCCACAACUUCACAAAAGAGGAAAAUGGUUAUCAAAGAAGGACACUAUUAGAGUCGGUUCAUUGGCCAUUUUAAGGGAAGACAACCUACCGCCACUCCAGUGGAAAAUGGUUAGGAUCACCAAAGUUCAUCCUGGACCUGAUGGCAUCAUUCGCGUGGUAACUGUCACUAACUCGGCUGGGAGGGAGUUCCAGCGUCCAGCAGUAAAAAUUGCAGUGCUGCCCAGCAAUCAAGAGGAAGAGGAUGCAGCGUAACAACUCUUCACUCAUUGACCUUUAAAAAUGUAUUGUUUUACAAGCAUUCUACUGCUUAUUCUAUUGUUAUUAUUAUUCACUCCAGCAGUUAUUUUAUGCAACUGAUCAACAUUAUGUUUACUUAAAUUCUGUUCUUUAUAUUCCGUGUGUUAUAUCUACUUUUGAAAGGUCUGAGUCCUUUCAAAGGGGGAGAAUGUUCGCGCCAAUAUGGCAAUUCAAAUUAAUUGUAUUUGUUUUAUAUUAUGUUCCUGUGUUCCGUGGUGGUUCUUAUCACGCGUCACUGCCGCGCGGUCGACAGUGGCGUCAGCUGUUGUGUGCUGACCGCCCAGUGCGUGUGUAAGACCACCACGUUAUCAAUGUUUUGUUGUUUUCAAGUGAUUGCAAAAAGCCGUUCUACUAAAAUCUCAUUUUCAAAGUUGUGUGUCACCUAAAGUUCUGAUUUUUUAUACUUUUGUUUUGUUGUACAGGUGACACUGUUAUCCCGUGUUGCAAUGUGUUAGUGUGUUACCGUUAAAAUCGGCCAUUCCUUUAAUUUUAUCGUUCUCUUCUUUUGCGGCUGUUGCCCAGGACGGUUGUCUCCAAUCGUCUUUUCAUGUUUUCAACUACGUUUGCCUGCUGCUAAAACCACAUUGUUAUUGUAUUGUGUUGUGAUUUGACUCUGGGUGUCAUUCUCAUCAGCGUCACUGUGAAUAGUGUGGUUUUGUGUUUUGUUCUGUACGCAGCGGCAAUCAUUGUAUUCUGUGAGUUCUUCGUUGUGGUACAGCUAAGUGGUCGCACGUGUGCGGGUUGUAAUUAUAUUGUUCCUAUCUACGCCCCCGGCAUGGCUCGCGUGGGAUGAAAUCCACCACUUAGCUUACCAUAGGUGAGUUGUGUUUUGUGUAUUAAGGCCGACGGGUCUAUAUACUUUUUUAAGGUAAAAUAAUUGACUAUUGUAAAAUACUAUUGUAAAAUAAAUAACAAUGCCAACACAA